AUGCAGUGUAGCCUGCUUCUUGAGCAGCUGAAAGACUGCAGAGAAUCCACGGCGGAUAAGCCGGCGCUGGACAAAGCUUUGGCAAGGACCUUUAAGAAGAGAAAGCGCAUGGUGGAUGCAGGUUUUGCGAUCGGCCCCAGGGCUUGGAAGCGAGCGAAGCAUGGCGACGAGGUGCAGGAAACCAGGGGGCGCCCAUCCAAGGCGCAGAGCCGAGACUUGAUCCAAAAGGUUGUGGAUUUGGUGUCGAACAACACGCAAAGCUCCAGCAUUUGGCUGGCCAAGUUGGGUCGCGAAGCCCGGGUGCUGACUGCAUCGCUUCACGCGAUGUACUGGAAGUCCGACUUGGUUGCCGACGUGAAGCUAACUCUGUUUUACCAAUUGGUCAAUGAGCAUUGCCCUUGGGCCAUUGAAGCAAGGAAGGAAACAGAUGUGUGCGAUCAUUGCUGGCUUCUGCGAAGCACCAUUCAGCCUGGAUUGGUCCGUCUCAUCAAGCACGCGCGAAGCGCUUUGGGAACUGCUUUGCCUGGCUACUUCGCAGGCUUCAACAUGGAAAGACUUCUUGCGCCUGAGAACGUGCCAGUCUCUGAGGACUUGCUGGACGAGUUUGCCACCUUCAUCAACAAGCACGCAGAACGACAUCAGGCCGAGCGAGGAGUCCUGAAAGGACGUGCCCGAGUGGAUUUGCAUAGCUUGGAGGCAAAGGUGGAACACGCCUUACGAUGGGAAAAGCAGGUCUACAGUUCAUACCUGUGGCACGUGAACUGCUACGAGCGUCAGAACGCAGCCAUUGCGCACCUCACGGAACAUCUCCCGCCACACGGUCUCCUGAUCUGGAUGGACUGGAAGCAGAACUUGUCGUUGCCGAUCUCAGGUACUGAAACCUCAGACCAAUUUUACGGCACAGAACGACACGAGUGCUCCGUGCACGGGAUAGUCGUGCUGCAGAAUGUCGGGGGCGAAAUUCAAAGAACAGAAGUUGUCCAACUUUCCCCAGUGAUAGAGCAUACUGCUUUGGCAAGCGCCUGCCUCUUGGAGAAGGUGAAAUCCUAUGUGCCCAACUGGGAGAAGAGCUCCAUCGUUCAUGUCUUCAGUGACUGCGGCCCGCACUACCGGUGUUUGGAGCUGGUGGCGUAUUGGGUCGGCAGUUGGUUUGCCAAUCUGCGCUGCCACUUGCAGAUCAAUUUGCUCUGCGAAAAACACGGGAAAGGAGCUGUAGAUCAGCUAUUCUCCAAAGUGAACUCCUGGAUUGCAAGCUAUGUGAAGGACAGAAAAGCUCGCAUCGAGACCGUGGACCAGUUGCACAAGGUGUUCUCUGCAGCGGCUGCGAAGGAUAAUUCCACAACGAAAAACAAACGGUAUAUGGUGGAUCUUUGGAGUCCUGACAGCAAACCAGAGAGCUCUUGGCGCAUGGCAACAUAUGAGUUUCACAUCAAGAAAACAUACUGCCUGCAAAUGCGCCAGCUGACCCGGAAUCGGCUGAAGCCGGUGUUUCUUGACUUUGUUUUGAGCGAUCGGACCUCUCACGCACGGGGCGUGUCUAGGCACAUGGGCACGGCUGAGGAGGUGGAGUUGGAGCCUGGCGUGUGGCGACGAGGCUAUUUUGGUAGCCAGAGGUGGAAGCGAGAAGUCCCGAAAAGAGGUGCCUCUGACACGAUCAUGAAGCGUAUGAAGUUCCAUGAGUCUGCCGGCCUCGACGUGUCCGCGCGCAACACCAAGGAGAGCCCGUCCGAGAAGGCCAUGCGACGAACUGCCCGCAAGCUUCUCUGCGCUAGGAAAAGAUACAGCGAGCGGUUGACUACCAAGUUGAAAGAGACCUCGGAGAGCUCUUCCAGUGCUUCCUCCAGUUCGACAACUUCUUCAGAUAGUGACUAA